GGCAAUCUUUAUACAUGUCAUAGUGUCCUCAAAGAAUAUCCGGAUGCUUUCCACCAGUGUUCUAGAAAACUAUCGAAACAUUCUACGGAGACAACAUAUAGACAUCCAGUGAUUGUUUCUCCUCAUGGAAUACGUGGCAGCCUGACUGGCUGUUCAGCAAGUGAUCUUGUCAAGCAAAGUUAUUUCAGCAGUUCUUCCAAAUUUAGGGGGUCAAAUGGAGUUAUAGGUCUCCCGUAUCACAUUUCCCAGGGUGUUGGUUGCCAGCUGAGGGGGCAGAAUCGUUUUGUUGAAGUGAGCCUCGGCUUCCCUAGAUCUGAAACUGACAAGGCAUUGCAGUCAAACAAAAAUCUUGGUAGGAAUUUACCCAAAUCUCCUGUCAUGGGACACAGUGACCACAAGGGAUCACCAGAUCAUUUGUCAGAUAAUGAGAAAACAUUUCUCUAUCCAGCUGAGUCAGUUCUUGUACCAGUUUUUCAAACAUCGUUAGCUAGGUCUUCUUUGAGAAGGUUUUGGCUGCAGAAUUGGAUGGGUCCAUCCCUGACUGGUUCCUCAUCCUUUAUUCACUGUGCUGGUAAUGUGGAAUCUACUGACGAUCCUUGGAAUGAAUACAAUGGAUCCCGAACUCAAAAUAGUUAUGAUAGUAGCAGCAAUAGCAACAAUAGCAGUAUCAGUAGCUUAAGUGCCAGCUCUAACGAUAGUGAUUACAAGAUUACAGGACCAAAUGAACUAGAGGCAGAUGCUGAUUCUUUAGCAUGUAGACAGUCUAUGAUGUCUUCCGCCGAUCGGUUGGGAAGUGAUGGCCCCAAAUUGGGCUCUAAGCGGUCUCAAAACAGUUAUUAAGUAGGGCUACAAAUAUUCCUGGGCAAGAUGCAUACAUGUCUGAUUUUGGUUCCAUGGAAGUUAACAAUUCUGUCAUUACAAGUUUUGAUGAGCCAAUUGGGUCUUACUGGGACUGGGGUGAUAAUGAUGAGGAGAAUUAGGCAUGGUAAUGGAUAUUGGAGCUCUUUUAUCCGAGUUUGGUGACUUCUUUGAAAAUGAAAAAUUGCCUUUUGGAGAGCCCCAGGAACUGCUGAAUCUCAGGCACUUGUGUUGUCUGCCCCGGAUUGUGGAGAUUUCAACAGCAGUCCAGUUGGUGCCAAUGUGAUGGAUGUUUCAGAUCAAAUUCUUUUGCCUGUUGGGUUUUCUUCCUUUGAGA